AUGUCGUCCAAGAAGAUUGCCGUUGUGGUCUGCAGCACCCGCGAGCCUCGACUGAAUCCCUUUAUCGCUCGAUAUGUGCUCGAUCGUGCCGCACCCUACAUUGAGACCGAAGCCAUCGAGAUCCUUGAUCUCGGCGACCAAGGUCUUCCGCUAUACAACGAGCCUGCUGUGCCCUCACACCUUCCUGAGACCGAUCCGACACCUCACUACGUCCACACCCAUACGCGAGCCUGGUCCGCAACUGUGCAACAGUACAGCGCUUUUGUAUUCGUGACCCCGCAAUACAAUUGGAGCAUUCCUGCGGCUCUGAAGAAUGGGCUGGACUUCUUGUUCCAUGAAUGGCGGGGCAAGCCGGCAGCGAUUGUGACAUACGGAGGGAGGGGUGGUGGAAAGGCCGAAGGUCACUUGCGCCAGAUUCUGCAAGGACUGCGCAUGGAUAUUAUACCCACGGCUCCGGCACUAACAGUCAAGGCUACGACGCUGGAUGACUGCUUAAAGACUCAGCAGAUCAGUGUGGCUGAUCUGGAUAGGUGGCGGGAAUUUGGUGUGGAGGAGCAGAUGUCUUCUAUGUUGGCGGAAUUGUUAGAAAAGGUUCGUGGGAAUUGA